GAGUUUCAUCAUCCUUCAGCUUAAUGUUCUGAGAUCUUCCCGAAACGCCCUAUGGAUAUCACUCCAUGAGAUAAGGAGAAUAGAUCGGAACUGCUUGCGGUGUCUUAAGAUGAGUGCAUUAUGUCAUCGACGACUUGUGGUCCGUGGAAGGAACCGACGUAUCGCCGACAUCUUCCAAAUUUUGCACAUAUAUGGAACAACUCUCACCACGCCGGUGAAUCGACAAUACGAUAUCGACUGUCUUGAGUAGACUAGACCAUGAGACAGACAUCUCUGCCGCUUGAGAAUUUGCAAGCAUGGUCCCGUCUCAACAACGUUCAACUUUUCGACGUUGCACUUGAGCCUCAUAUAACUGCCGACAAUGGCGACGACCACGGCGGUGGGAUGCUGGCCAAAGCUGAUCGGGCCGAAACAGAACCUUUGGUGGCAGUGCCUUUAGAACUCGUACUGUCCAAAGAGCGCGUCGAAGAAGCUGCAAAAGUCGACACAGGCCUAAGACAAUUGGUUGAUGCUGCUCCGACUCUAUUCCAGAAUGACCGCACCGCAGUGCUACUCUUCCUGGUUUAUCAGAUGACGAUAAACAGCCCCGACAACAGUGACCACGCUCCUGGAUUCAACAAUCCUCUCGCAGACUAUGUGAAAUUCUUGCCGAAAGAUAUUCCACUGCCCAUAUUCUACACCGCAGACGAACGAGAGCUGUUGGUAGGCACCUCGCUUGCCGAAGCCCUGGACCAGAAGCUCAUCAGCCUCCAACGCGAGUUUGACAGUCUAAAAGCAGCUACAGAGUCGAUCACCUGGUGCCAGCAAGCCUGGUGGGACGAGAUUACCGGAUGCCUGGACUUUGCAGAUUGGAAGCUUGCAGAUGCAGUCUAUCGAUCUCGUGCGCUUGAAUUGCCGCGCGGAGCAAGCGUGGGAAUGGUACCUGUCGUAGACAUGGCCAAUCACGCCUCUGACGAUCGGUAUAAUGCCCGAUUUGAAGUGGACGAAGAUGCAGGCUCGGUAUUGCUUGUGGUGCGUGACGGCAAAUCUAUCAAACAGGGAGAUGAAGUCACAAUCAUGUACGGAUGUGGAGGGGCCUGCGAGAUGAUUUUUUCGUAUGGGUUCCUGGAAGAGCACGCGAGCAGUGCCAGGGAGAUGUUCCUGGCCUUGUCCAUACCCGCCGACGAUCCACUGAAGAUGGCCAAGAUCCGGGUCGCCCAAACUGCCCCUGGGGUAAGAAUCUACGUCGAUGAGGCAGACCAAGUACAAUGGGACAGUACUUUCGUCUGGUGGGCCUGCAUCAACCAGGAAGACGGGCUAGAUUUUCGGGUGGAGCAAACCGUGGACGGAGAUACGGAGCUCAAGGCUCUAUGGAAGGAGAAUGAGCUUGAUCCAAGUGCAUUGCAGGCUAAGCUUCUCCAAGACGACCUUCGGGAUGUCUUCGUCCUUCGUGCCACUGUCAGGCUCCAGCAAAGGGUUGAGGAGCAAGGGAUGCGCCUAGCGGCAAGUGAAGAUGAUUUUGAUAACGCUCUGCCUGGUAACGCGCAGAUCAGGCCAUACGUCUACGAGACAGUCGGGAGACUUCGGAAGCUCGAAAUGGACUUAUUAACCAGGACUUACGAGACGUUGGAGGAACAGAAGAAUCAGCUCCUGGAAUCUCCAGUCGUCCGUGCAUAUCUGGGACAGGAUCGUAGCGGCACGGAUGUCCCAGAUUCCCCAGACGACUUUUCGUGAAGACUACACUUUUCGUGGCUGCUGCAUGUCGGCAUUUGAAUUGCCAAACAAUUGCUCAUAACUUUUCUUAUGAUUAUCGGAUGACUCCGGAACACCUAUUUCAGGUGGUAUGAUGGAGACGGACUGUGCUAGGCGCAGUACACUGCAUGGGCUGAUGUCAACGAACAGGGCAAAGCUUAUCCUGUCUUUCAUGCACUGAUUGGUUUCAGUAGUCCUUUUGACCCGCCAGUCUUUCCACGAUCUGUCUCUGGGGUACGGA